AUGGCGGGACCGGAUCUGUUCAAAUUGCUCGUUGUACGAGAUAUCUUGAAUCCCGAAAACGAUCCUAACAUCGGUUCCUCCAGAGGAAAUGCGUCCUCAUCGACUUCUGAGGCUUUGGACAGCCUUGGGGUUGGCGGGGAUUCGACAUCCCUCUCGGCCCUUUUGACUACGCUGCUACCUGCGUUGGUGCUUGCGACAUUCUGGUUCACGUUGUUUCUCAUUUUUCGCCGAACACAGAUACGAUGGUACGCUCCAAGGAGCCAUUUGCCCUGUUGGCAUCAGCAUGAAAAGACUCCUCAGCUCCCUUCUGGGCUCAUCAACUGGUUUGGACAUUUUCUCAAAAUUUCCGACGCCCAUGUCCUCAACCAUCAUUCCAUGGACGGAUACCUGUUCCUAAGAUUCUUGAGAGUACUGUGCGCGACUUUUUUCACGGGAUGUGUCAUCACAUGGCCAAUACUGCUCCCGAUACAUGCAACUGGCGGAGCUGGGAAUACCCAGCUUGAUGCUCUAAGCUUUAGCAACGUACGAAAUCCAAAACAUUACUAUGCUCAUGCCGUCGUAGGAUGCGUGUUCUUCACGUUUGUGUUCUAUACAAUCACCAGGGAGAGCAUAUUCUAUGCCCACUUGCGGCAAGCAUAUCUCAAUUCCCCAGUCUAUUCACACCGUAUAUCCUCCAGAACAGUCUUGUUCAUGUCUGUCCCAGAAGACUAUAAGAAUGAGGAGAAACUACGGCAAGUGUUUGGGGACUCGAUUCGACAGAUUUGGAUCACUUCCGAUUGUAAUGAAUUGGAUAAAAAAGUUCAGCAGAGGGACAAGCUGGCUUAUCGUCUCGAGAGUCUUGAAACCCAACUGAUUCGAUCGGCAAACUCCACGCGCCUGAAGAUCCUGAAAAAAGGCACGAUUCCUUGUUCCGAAUGCGCCGACUGUGAAACAGGCUCAUCAGGAUUGUACCAUGGAAUCAGGCGCCCAAGUCAUCGACUCAAGUUCUUCGGAGAGAGAGUUGACUCGAUCCGUUGGUAUCGAGAGCAGCUAGUUAGGAUAGACAAAGAAGUGCAAAUCUUGCAACAGAAGCAUAGGAAUGGAGAAGCGAAGCUCUUGUCUGCUAUCUUCAUCGAAUUUAACACUCAGUCAGAUGCCCAGAUUGCUCUCCAGACUCUCUCUCAUCACCAGCCACUGCAUAUGACUCCCCGGUUUAGCGGAAUAUCACCUCAUGAGGUCGUUUGGUCGGCGCUGAACCUGAGCUGGUGGCAGCGGAUCAUCCGCAAGUUCGCUGUGCAGGGCGGGAUUGCCGCGUUGAUUAUCUUCUGGUCUAUCCCGUCCGCCCUGGUUGGCACCAUCUCCAAUAUCACAUAUCUCACAAGCAUAGCUCCGUUCUUGAAGUUUAUUGAUAAACUACCCUCCGUCAUUAAAGGCGUGCUGGCGGGUCUCCUACCCUCUGCGGCGCUUGUUCUUCUGAUGUCCCUCGUUCCAAUUAUAUGUCGUCUGUGUGCUCGGCGUGCUGGGGUGCCCUCUGCGGCUAGGGUUGAGCUGUUCACUCAGAGCGCCCAUUUCUGUUUUCAGGUGGUCCAGGUGUUUCUGGUGACCACAUUGACCUCUGCGGCUUCUGCAGCAACUGCACAAAUCAUCAAGGAUCCCCUAUCAGUCAAAGACCUUCUUGCACAGAACCUACCCAAAGCAUCCAAUUUUUACAUCUCCUACUUCCUCCUCCAAGGACUGAGCACUAGUUCUCUAGCUGUCGUUCAGAUUGUCAGCGUUCUUGUUUUCAAACUCAUCACGACCUUCUUUGAUCGUUCCCCUCGGCGGCUGUACCAAAAGUGGGCAGCCCUCAGCGCCAUCAGUUGGGGCAAUGUGUUCCCUGUGUUCACCAACAUGGGAGUCAUAGCCUUGACAUACUCCUGCAUCGCGCCACUGAUCCUCGGAUUCUGCUUCGUCGGCCUCUACCUAGUUUACCAAGCAUACCGGUACAACUUCCUCUUCGUUUACGACGUCCGCAUCGACACCAAAGGCCUCGUCUACCCGCGCGCUCUCCAACACCUCCUAACAGGAAUUUACUUGGCCGACAUCUGUAUGAUCGGCCUCUUCGCAGUCAAAUCCGCAAUUGGCCCCCUCAUAAUCAUGUUUUUAUUCACUAUCCUUACAGUCCUAGCCCACUUGUCCCUAAACGAAGCCCUCGCGCCCCUAAACUCCUUCCUUCCCCGCACUCUCGAUGUCGAAGAAGAAGCCCAACAAUCCAACGAAGAACAAGCCCUCCUCGGCACCAUGGAGGUUCCCCGCUGGGCCCGAGCUUGGAAAUGGUUCCACCCAAACCUUUCUCGAGAUUUCGCGGCGCUACGUCGCAAAGUCCGCCGGGAUCAUGUGGAGAUCAAAUACUCCGAGGAGGAACGACGUGACGCUUACUUCGAGCCUUGUAUCACGGCAAGGGCGCCAACGGUCUGGAUUCCGCGCGAUAAGUGGGGGUUCAGUCAAGAGGAGAUUAUGGAGACAGACCCGAGCAUUAUGAUUACGGAUGAGGGAGCGCAUCUAGAUGAGAAGAAUAAAAUUGUCUGGGAUAAGUAUGAUCCCAAACUUCCGUUAUGGGAGUUGAAGACACUAUAUUAG